GAGUGGCUUCCUGCUUCCUUCCUUGUCCCGUUUGCGAGACUCUAUCUUAGUUAUUAUAUUUAGUAUAACAACAUAAGGCUGUUUUGCAGCCAGUGUUAAUUUUCAUUUUUUAAAAAAGGCAAUCAUCAUUCAUAUUUUGUCUGUCAAUCGAAAACGGAUAUUAGAUUGCAUAUCUAAAUUAAUAUAAUUGUAUGGACACAACUACAAUGAACCUCCCUUGAUAAGAAUGGUCUUGCAUCUAGCUGUGGCUGAUCACAGAGUGCUUAUUCCCCCAGCGUCAGUAUGGUCAGUCAUCAGACAUGAUUGCCAUGGUCCACGCGUGGCCUGCUGAGUUGUUCCGCAAAUAUCGGAAUGGCUUGUCAUGACAUCAGGCCGUCACAUGUAGGUUUAACGUGCAUGCUAUUGUUUAAAACAUGCUGAAAGAACAAACUUUUCAGCGGACGAAACCUGUACAGCUUAUACGACGCCUCAGUAUGGACUCUUUUAUGGUAAGAGUUUACACUGGGCCUCUGAGUGGGGAAUUCGAGUAUGUCUCUGUUGAGGCAGACAAAGGCACCACAGCGGAAGAUGUUGUUGCCAUCGCAUGCCGCAAGCUCCGCUUUGGUGGCGGCGACACCAAGAAGAAGUUUGAGCUGGCCGAGGUGUUCUCCUCCGGCGGCCAACUUUGUAAGGAGCGGCGCCUUGAUUCUACAGAAAACCCUGUGGCCUUGCAGCUGCUGUGGCCGAAAUCAAGUGAUAUUGAAACGGGAGUGAAGUUAUUCGAUGGAUAUAGAUUUUAUCUCCGUAAACGUGAUCCGGAAUUGUCGCCUGGAGGGUGGGUGGUGCGAGAUCAAAGUGCUGUGGAUUCAUUCCUUCUGGCAUUCCUCACUCAGCCUCUGGCUGGGAAAGAGUUUCCCGACCUCUGCAGCCUGCCUGAUCUGAAUGAAAAAACCCUUCUUCACAACCUGAAAUCCAGGUUCAACCAGAAAAACAUCUACACGUACGUGGGUUCCAUUCUCAUAGCCGUGAACCCUUUUAAGUUUUUCCCUAUAUACAACCCCAAAUACGUCAGCAUGUAUCAGAACAAGCGCUUGGGGGAGCUACCACCCCACAUCUUCGCUGUGGCUGAUGCAGCGUAUCAUUCCAUGUUGAGGCAGAAACAGAACCAGUGUAUAGUUAUAUCGGGGGAGUCGGGGUCUGGCAAAACGGAAAGUACUAACUUGUUGCUGCAUCAUUUGACUGCUCUUUCACACAAAGGAUUACACGGUAGUGGAGUAGAGCAGACUAUCCUGGGAGCUGGUCCUGUUUUAGAGGCUUUUGGGAAUGCUAAAACAGUCCACAACAACAACUCUAGCAGAUUCGGCAAGUUUAUCCAAGUCAACUAUAAACAGAAUGGCAUGGUUCAUGGUGCUAUCGUGGAGAAAUACCUCUUGGAGAAAUCUAGAAUUGUGUUUCAAGCAAAGAAUGAAAGGAACUAUCACGUGUUUUACUACCUGUUGGCAGGUGCGGACGAGCGGGAAAGGGAAGCUUUUCAUCUUAUGAAAGCUGACCAAUAUAAUUAUCUCUCCCAGAGUGCUUGCUACAGCGUGGAGGGUGUGGACGAGGAACAUGAGUUCGCCCGGCUCAAACAGUCCAUGGAGAUGGUUGGCUUCUCGCCCGAGACACAGCGAAAGAUCUUCAGUGUGCUGUCAGCUGUUCUACAGCUGGGGAAUAUUGAAUUCAAGAAGAAAGGAGAUAAACACCAUGAUGAAUCUGUGAUGGUCAAAACUGGAGAUGCUAUCAAAACCAUCUCAAACUUACUCAAGGUGAAAGAACGCUACGUACUGGAAGCUAUGACUCAGAAAAAAACUACAGCUGGCGAUGAAACGUUUGUCAUAAAUUAUAAAAUGGAAGAUGCAAUAGCUACCCGGGAUGCCAUGGCUAAAUGUAUCUAUGGAACUCUUUUUGACUGGAUUGUUCUUAAAGUCAACCAAGCUCUCCUGGCAAAGAAACACGAUUCAGAGCAUGAAGGGGAUUCUAUAGGCGUCCUUGAUAUUUUUGGAUUUGAGGACUUUGGCAACAAUAGUUUUGAGCAGUUUUGUAUUAAUUAUGCUAAUGAGCAUCUGCAAUAUUACUUCAACCAGCAUAUAUUUAAAUUUGAACAGGAGGAGUAUCAGAGAGAGGGGAUCCAGUGGAAAAAUAUUGAAUUUAUCGACAACACAGGGAGUCUAGAGAUUUUUUCCAAACGUCCAAGUGGGCUUUUCUAUCUUCUUGAUGAAGAGUGCAGUUUCCCAGGUGCAACCAAUGAAACAUUACUCAACAAGUGUACACACCAUCACAAGAACAAUCCACAUUAUCAGGUUCCACAACUCAAGGAAGGGGCAUUCAGCAUCAUGCACUAUGCUGGAAGGGUCAAAUACUUAAUUAAGGAUUUUAGAGAAAAGAAUUUAGACCUGGUCCGCUCUGAGAUUGUUGACACAUUAAAGAAAAGUAGUUUAGCUUUUGUAAGGGAAUUAAUGGGUAUAGAUCCUGUAGCUGUUCUACGCUGGUCCGUAGUUCGAGCUUUCUUCAGAUGUUUCUUUGCUUUUAAAAAAGCUGGGGAACAUUACAGGAAAAAUGGGGGCAAAGAAAGUCGCAGGCGACAAAAGAGAGUCUCAGACCCCAGCCUUCAAGAUGUUUUCAAUGAAAAUUUGCUCAAAUUUUACCACGUGGCUUCUACUGCCGCUGUGCUACGACGGAUCCAGCAAGAGACAGAUAUCUUACAGCAAAAACAGUUCAAAGAAGAUGUCAAUGAAGAACUACUUCUCUACAGCUCGCUAGAGUCCACCUUCUCCGAAAACGAUAUCAAGGUCAUCCGCAAGGCCCAGAAGCUUCUAAUGAAAAACAAGUCUUUCAGACCAAAACAGAGGCCUUCUUUGAGUUUCCGUGAUAUUAAAGCACUGAAGGCAAUAGCAGGCCGUACCAUGCCUGGUAGUGUUAGAGGAACAGGCAGUAAAAAACAACCUCCUACAGUUGGGGCACAGUUCCAGUGGUCCUUGUCUCGGUUAAUGACUACCCUAAAUCAGGCAAAUCCAUACUUUAUAAGAUGUAUCAAGUCCAACAAGGAAAAGGCGCCUUGUGUGUUUGACGAGGAGCUUGUAAUGAGGCAGCUACGUUACACAGGGAUGUUAGCCACUGUCAAAAUCAGGCAAUCUGGCUACAAUUACAGGUUGUUGAUUCAGGAAUUCAUUCAGCUGUAUAAAAUCUUGUUGCCUUGUAAGCCUGAACACACAAAAGGGGACAUCAAAGAUUUUCUCACCGCCAUGGGACUCCAGGAAGAAAACUAUCAGAUCGGCAUGACAAAGAUCUUUUUGAGGGAAACAGAAAAACUGAAACUGGACGAGGCCCUACAUUCUGCUAUCAUGAAGCGGGUCAUAACAAUACAGAGAUGGGUCAAGACCUGUUUGGCACGUAGGGAGUUCCUACAACUCAAGGAAGCCACAAUUCUUAUGCAGAAACACAUUCGUCGAUACUUGGCCGAGAGAGAUUUCCACAUCUACCAGCAGCAUCAAGCAGAUGCCGCCACCAGGAUACAGUGUUUGUUCAGAGGUUACCUGGCUCGCAGGGACUUCAUGGCCCAGUGCGGCGCCAUUGUCUAUAUGCAGUCUUACAUCAGGGCCGUUUUGAUGCGGAGAAGGUUGCUGAAUUUAAGAAAAAUGAGGAAUAAUAUGUUGAAGUUAGAGGCAGAGAAGAGAGAGAGAGAGAGGAUGGAUAAAGAGAGACAGGAAGAGGUAGAGAAACUUCGUUUGGAGGUUGAGAGGAUAGAAAAACAAGCAAAGGAGGAAAUGGAGAAAGAAGAAGCUGAAAAAGCAAAGAAAGACCAGUUGUCGGUUAUUGAACGCCUGGAUUCUGAGAGGGGACGUGAGAGGAAAGAAGAGCUCCAAUCAACAGCCAGCGAUGAAGGUGUGCUGAUGAAGGCAUCAAGCACAGAGGAGUUAGAAGAGAAAGAUCCGAUAUUCUUGCCUAGGAGGGACUCUGAAGAGAGCAGUGGUAUAAUGGAGGAUUCUGAACCGGAGUGUGGGUACACUAAACCAGCUGAGAAACCUGUCAUAGACACACCACCGCCUACUCCUCCAUCAGAGAAAAGAAAGCCCAUUGUAACAACACCCAUAGCCAACGAGGACAAAGCCAAGUCUCGCAAAUCACAGGGAAGAAUUUCUGACCUUGCCAAGACAUUCCAGACACUUUCAGACACCACCAAACCCUACUCGACACAAGAGAGUGUGGAUGGAAGAAAAAGUUACCUUCUCUAUAGAAGCUCACAGCAACCACGCCAGAAGGCUGCCGCUCCGCUGGCUAGACAGGAGUCCUUUUCAGAUAGGGAGUUCUCAUUUUCUGAGUCCCACGAGCAUCACAGACCAAAGCCCAUCCAGAUCCCUGAGAGGACGCAACUGUCUGAGAAUGAGCUCAAGAAGCUGGACAACGUGGUUGGCCAUUACAAGGACGAGCUGCAAAAGAAGGAACAAAAUGAGACAGACCAUGAUCAAUUCAGCGGGCAUCUCAGUCCUAUCAACAAGGCAAAGAAACACUGGAAAAUAUUCACAGAUGGCAGUAACCCCUGGGAACUCUGGAGCCACCUACAUUGCCAUCCCACACUACCUCACUCAUGCAUUUCAUCAAGUCCAGCGAAAUCUUUUAAGUUCUUUAUGAACAAAAGUACCAAAAAGCCAAAAAAAGAUGACAGUGAAGAAGAGUCUGAAGAAAGUAGUGUUUCUUCAGUGUCUCGGUCUUCAAUAGAAAAAAGUAAGCCAAAAGGCAUAAGUGUCCUACCCGCUCAUUACGGAGGUGCUAUGGUGCCGUCCUCCCCAUCAUCCCACAGCAAAGAGGAGGAGGAUGUGACCAAGACCCCAGCCACCCGCGCCAGGGUGAAGAAGGUCAAGAAGAGGCCCAACAACAAACCCUCCAGCUCCUCCCCGGCCAGGCCGCAGACCCGCAGCAACAUGAAUGUGGCCAGGGCCACGGAAUGGCAGUACGCAGAUACCAUGGUCAUUACAGAGUUAGAGGAGCUGCGCCAUCUGGAUGUUUUCAUAGGUCAAAAGCACACAGAACUGUAUGGAGACUCAGCCAAUCGCAGGUACACUAUCUUUGAUAAAAUAUUCAAAGGCGCUUUAGAAAAGUUCCGCAAAGAAUUGAAAUCACAGAUUGCUGUUGAAGCUGGGAAAGCCAAAGUUCAAGUGAGGUACAGAGACCUGUUUGAGCAGUUCAGGAAUCUCCUGACAGCUGAAAUGAAGCAAGAGAUGACGGACGCGCCCCUGGUUAUGUCUGUUAAUGCAUUCCGAGGUUUCCUGGAUGAGUUUAGAAAGUUGGAAGAGUCCAGGCAGAAGGACAGUAAAAAAGAUGGGAGUCGCAACCAGAAAAAAAUGUUGAAAAGAGAAAAACAUAAGAAGAAUGAGGAGUUGCUGGAAUUCAACGGCCACAGGUACCAACAGGUGCAGUUUAAUAUUGUCACCUUCUGUGAGGUGUGCAGCUCUCUCAUCUGGAUUAUGGAUAAAGGUUAUGUAUGUCAAGAAUGUAAAUUUGCCUGCCACAAGAAGUGCCACAGUAAACAAAACACACCUUGUAAAGGUGGAUCUGGAAAUAAGAACCAGCAGUCCAGUCAGCUGUUUGGUGCGAGGCUGGAAGCUUUAGUGAGUGAGAAGCAGAAGAUCCCACUGGUCUGUGAGCGCCUCAUGUCAACCAUUGAGAAAACAGGACUCUACACAGAGGGCAUAUACCGCAAGUCUGGCGCCGCACCCAAAGUCAAAGAACUACAGGCUGCUUUAGAAUCAGAUAUAGAAAGUGUCAACUUGGAUGACUACGCUGUGCAUGUACUGGCAGCCACACUGAAACUUUUCCUCAGACUUCUUCCUGAACCACUGCUUACAUUUGAUCUGUAUGAUGAGCUCCUUCGCAGCAUGGUGAUCAAGGAUGAGAGGGAACUCAUCAAGUCACUGUUUGACAUCAUCAGAAAACUUCCUAAAGCCAACUAUGAUUUGUUUGAACGUCUAGUCUUUCAUUUAGCACGGGUGGCCAUGCACUCAGACAGCAACAAGAUGUCUCCCAAUGCCUUAUCUGUUGUGUUUGCCCCAGUCUUGCUGGGAACCAACAAAAAAAUACAGGCCCAAGAUGCUAUAGCCUUAGUGCCUCAACAAAUGAUGUGCAUUGAAUAUGUAUUGAAAGAACAACUGCGAACCAUACAACUGAAGCUUGAUGAUAUUGAUACUCUAGAAAGUGCAGAGAAAACAGCUGGAGAGAGGUUGAAUGCAAUUCGUGCAAGUCUUCGCACAACCAAGAAAUCCCCCAUGAGCAGCCCAGUCAAACAGCCAUCAGUCAAACUCCAGGAUGAAGAAAUAGAUCAAGUCAUUGAGGAAAAAGAAGAGGAGGAAGAGGAGCUAGAGCUGAAGGAGGAGGAAAGAGUUUUAUCCCGUCACUUAGCCUCCAUUCACAAGGAGAAGGACAAGCUGACAUACAAGCUGCCAAUGCUGGAGACCAGACAGGCCAGCAGUGACGAGGAUGUCCUGUCAGGUGACGAGGUGGACGCCGACAGCGACAAGAUGAACGAGGAGUACGCUGUCAACUUUGACCUCCCUGUUGUUCGACCAUCGCUUCCUCAUAUAACGAAACAUCGUACGCCUGUUCCUCAUAGUAGAAAGCUGCCCAAACGUUACGCCAAGAAAGUGCUGGCCUUCCACAAGUCCCACUCGGACAUAUUUGAGGACACCAGCGAGGCCUGCCUGCCCGAACCCAUCCCCACCAUCAGUAUAAAACCUCCAACGGGUGGAAUCAAAUCCUCCCCGUAUUCAAACACAAUGACUGUUGAAUCAAGCUACGUCACGGUCCCAGGCUUGAACAGCACAGACGAUGAUGAGAUUAUGGUAUGACCUUAGGCCCUCGCUUAGGCUGCGUCGUUAACAAAUUUCUUCAUAUCCUGUCCUGGUCAUCUCAGUCUGUUUACAGCUGCACACUUUACCGCAGUGUACUGUUACUGCAUCGUCCAACUGAAUGAGAUUACAAGUGUAAAUAUAUUUUUGUUUUGCCGGGGUAAAUAACAAGGCGUAUUACAACAGUACAGGAUGUUAUAAUAUUGUAGUGAGCUGUGGAAAAAUUUAGACAAUCAGAGGUAGAUUCUGCCGAAAUCAAGGUGCCCAUUGCUGAAUUUUUUUUCUCUAUGGGGCCCUUGGACUGAUACAUACUGGUUUUUUUAAGAUUAAAUAUAAGUUAAAUAAUUUAAUAUGCAGAAAAUUUGAGGAUCGUAAAAAACUGGGGUCUGCUCUCUGUAUCCCAGUCAGCCCGACUCUUAAUUUACCACUGCUGAUGGUCACAUAAGUAUUGAACUGAAUACCUUCAACAACAGUUAAAAAAAAAUAGUUUAAUUGAACAAGGCUUGAAGUAAGCUGACUCAGCUGUUGUAAUUUUCUAGCAGUAAAUGUAAUUGAUGUAACGGGUUCUUCACUGAUUUGUGUACCAUGACCCACAGUAUUAGAAAGUGUUGCUGUAGCUUUUUCACCUUACAGCUUAACCAUCUCAUUAAAUGCCAAUCAUAGCUAGAUUUUAACGUGGGGUUAAAAUUUCAUUAAUUUUUUUUUUCAUUACAAAUAUAAACAGAUCCCCUAUUACAACUAUUGUAUUUGUUUGAAAAGAUUUAACUUACUUGACAGAUCAAAUAUACUACUGUAAAGGGUUUUGUUCAUUAUUUUCAAAGCACCAAUUCAAAGCCAUGUCAAAAUAGUCAUGUAUUCAGUUGUAUAUUCAGUCAGUUCAUCUCCUUCAAGGGAGAGAAUAUUUUAUUCUUGCUUAUCUCCCUGGAGCUCAUGAGUCCAUGAGACUGGGAAGUAAACCAUUCCAAAGUUGUAUGCUCUUCUGUGUGUUAUGUAUUUCAUGUUGAUGUUCUUAUUGACUGUGGUACAAGCUGAGGGGGUUUCUUAUAUAACUUUUUUUCUGUGAUACUUUGGUCUAACCACCUUCAGUGUUGAUCAGCCUGGUGACUUGAAGUUUUCUCCCUUGUUACUACUCAUAGUUUUCUCCCCUGUUUCAAAUUAGUUUUUUU